AUUGUGUAUUAACAUGCAAGACAACAGCUCAGUGUGGCCACACCCCUUAAGAACUUUCUGUCAGCUGUUGGCUGUUAUCCUGAAUUAAAAUGUUUAGUUUUAAUUCAAAUUCCUCAGUUUGGAUGACAAAUAAACCCACUCUAACCCCCUAGAUGAUCUUCAAAUAUUGGUAAGACCAUGGGAGAGCAAUCCUCAGCCAAAUCCUUUGGGAUAUGGGAAGGAAUUGUGUGCUACAUAUCCAGUAACCUGUUGGUGUUCACCUGUUUGGGGGCUGUUGCUCUGGGGAUCGUCAUUGGCGUGAUCGUGAAGACCUUUGAUAAACUCCUCCAGGCGGAAGAGCUGUACUUGACGUUUCCAAUAGAUGUACUGUCUCACAUGAUUAAGGGGGUGUCCAUCCCCCUAAUUGCAAGCAGUGUGGUGUUGGGAAUUCGCACUUUCAAGACCUCACCCUCCAAGACAAUUGCCGUGUACACAGGACUUUAUUUCUUAUCAACAACUCUGAUCGCUGUGAUCAUCGGACUGACUCUGAUGUGGGCGGUGCAGACAGGAUUCAAAGUCCAAGAUAUGAACGACAAGAAGUUCUUCUCGAUCGAGACCUUCCUGGUUUUGUACAGGAACAUCUUUCCAGACAGUAUGAUGCGGUCCUUUGUCAAACACUACCGUCUGGAGAAGAGGGAAUUUUCCAUUCCUGGAGUCGCCACAAACGCCGGCGUCAUCGAGAACAAGACUGGCAUGGAGCUUGAAGGUCACUACGAUUACGGAGUGGACGUUCUCGGCCUCUUGUUCAUUUCUUUUAUGUCUGGACUGGCAUUCAACGAGAUGGAAGAGUCGCGGGUCAUAGUGCGUCUGAUUUGCACCAUCAGUCAGAUAACUGACGAUUUCUUCCAUUUGAUUCGCAGUUACCUGCCAGUGGGAGUCCUGUUCAUGUCAAUAUUUCAGGUUUCCCGCACUAAUGACUGGAUAAUAGCCCUUGAUCUGAUUAAAUUCACUGGCUUGGUUCUUUUUGGGCUCUUCUUGCACGGAGCCAUCAUCCUGCCUCUGAUCUAUCUUGUGCUUGCGCAAAGUAACCCCUUCACCGUCAUCCGUGGGGUCCUACCUGCGCUGCGGACUGCGUUGCUCCUCUCCUCCAGUGCUGCCACAAUGCCGGUCACUUUACACUGCUGCAAGAACAACAACAUUCACAACAAAAUCACCCGUUUCAUGCUGCCCAUCGGGACCAACAUAAACAUGAACGGGACGGCUCUGUAUCAGGCUGCGGCUGCCGUCUUCAUCGCCCAAGUGCACCACGUCUAUCUGGACUUCAACCUGCUGUUCAGUAUCGGGUCAGUUGCCGCC